AUGGCAACUACAUCAACUUCUUUUCUGUUCUCUUCUCCAUUUCUUUCUUCACCAUUUUCACCAAAAAGAAGAUCAUCAUCAACAUCAGCAUCAUCAUCACGCGCUUCGAGCACGACUACGUUGGCAAUGGGUAGAGAAGCCCGGGAUCGAAACUACUACAACGGUCGUAUUGUAGAUGAUAACUUAAUUAUUUUACGUAAGAGAAUUCACGAGAUGAAGAUGAUCGAGAGAAAUUAUGAACCUCCAACUAAAUGGAUGAACUGGGAAAAAAGUCUCUACACGAAUUACGACUCGAAUAUUUGCCAAGCAAUGGGAUUUUUGCAAUCCCAAUUGAUGGAUACAAGACCAAGCUUGGUUUUGGGCAUUGCUGCACUUAUUGGAUUAAGUGUACCAACUUCAACUGCUGUGGUCUUGUUUCAUUUGAUUGAGUUAACUAAAGCGAUUUUAGCUGGAUUACAUAUUUUUUGA